UGCAGAUGCGCAGCACAAGCCUGGAUCACAUCCCCAGCCUCACCGCACAAAAACACUCUACAAAAAAAAAAAUGUUUUAUUUAACAUGCCAUACCGGAAGAAGAAGCCAUAUUUUCCCAGCCUUCACUUUAUAGCUAUCCAUUUAUGCCACAGCUGAAUACAAUAAAAGAAAAAUCAGCUUUAGAGAUCCUGUGCUGCUGGGUGGAAAUAAUGCACCUCCUGGAGCUAGAAGGCUGUGAAUGUGAGGUGGCUUCCCAGCAGGAUCAAUGUAUGAGCUGCUGCUGAUGCAGGUCCCUCGGUUCAAUCACAAGUGGAUGGAUGGCAAGACAGAUCAGGCUGGGGAUGCUGAGAGCUGAAACAAAAGAGGAGCCCUGCGUGUUUCAUCCGAGGAAAAGAAAGAGGAAGCAAGGGGGAGGGAAGACAUAGGAUCCAACGGCUGGAGAAAAUCCAGCACCUUGGCCAGAUCAUUGCCUUUACACUGGAUUAUUUAUAUUUCUUUUUUCCUGGGCUGAUUUUGCAGAAUAGAAAUUUUUUCAGGUGGAUAUUUGGUUGUUACUAGGGGGCAUGGAAGGCUACACUCUCCCACAGAUAGGAUGGGCUCAGAAGAUAGCUCAUUAUCCCAGGCAGUCAGCUUCUUCUUUUCCCAUCCCGCAUCUAUGUUAAUUGCUUUCUCGUGUAUUCAGUUGCAUUUAACCGUUUCUGCCUUCCACCGUGCUUUUGAGUGGUAGGCAUUAGAUUGUUGCCCACCUCUCUCCCUUUAGCAGCCCUUUGCAGUAAGGUUGCAGGUCUAAUUCCCCUGACUGACCCCUUUUUCAGCACUUGCUACUAAUGCAUGUUGAAAUAAUACAAAAUAUUCUUUUACAAGCUCUCCUAUACCCAACAUUGCUUUUAUUUCAUUUUCUCAGAUGAAUCAUUACAGUACAGAUUAUUUGCUUUUUUGUCUCCUUUUGAAAGGGUUGGUGGAUGCACCUUAUUGCAGUCCCUACAGACCCCUUAGAUAGACAACAGUGAAUUGCACUCACUUAACCCCAUGCAGUGCAGUCUUCUCCCUGGUACACAGGAGCACAGAGGAGUGAAGAUAAUUCUGUUUUCCUUGGGUGAUUUGGGACCUGUGUCCAUGCCUCUGCUUUUGGGACCUGUCUGGCUGUGCCCUGGAAGCCCCCAAACACCCGGACCGCCGGCUGGUGAAUGAUGUUUAAGUACCGGCUUCGCAUGUUCUUUAAUGAACUGAAGGUUCUGGUGCUGACCCGACCUGGGCGAAGUGAACCUGAUCCGGGCCACGCUAUGCGCGGGCUCAGCGUGGGGGGCUGUGGAUGGCCACCCUUUGCAAACUGCUCCUCCAGAGACGACGAUGAGGAAUACUAUGGGUCUGAUCCUAGAACCCGAAAUCUGGGACUGGAAGAGAAGGAUGGGAGGCUCGGGGCUGCGCUGGACGCUGUUUCCCUGGGCAGCAGUAUCGAUAGUGGUAUGAGGACCCCGCAGUGCAGAAUCUGCUUCCAAGGCCCUGAGCAGGGGGAACUGCUGAGUCCAUGCCGCUGUGAUGGAUCCGUACGCUGCACACAUCAGCCUUGUCUAAUACGAUGGAUUAGUGAGCGGGGAUCCUGGAGCUGUGAGCUGUGUUAUUUCAAAUAUCAUGUCCUUGCUAUCAGUACUAAGAACCCCCUCCAGUGGCAGGCCAUCUCCUUGACUGUGAUUGAGAAGGUGCAGAUAGCAGCUAUAAUACUGGGCUCCCUCUUCCUUAUUGCCAGCAUAUCCUGGUUAAUCUGGUCCUCUCUCAGCCCCUCUGCCAAAUGGCAGCGUCAAGACCUGCUGUUCCAGAUCUGCUAUGGCAUGUAUGGCUUUAUGGACAUUGUCUGCAUAGGUCUAAUAAUCCAUGAAGGCUCAUCUGUAUAUCGAAUCUUCAAGCGAUGGCAAGCCGUCAAUCAGCAAUGGAAAGUUCUGAACUAUGACAAAACGAAGGACCUUGGGGAACCUUUAACUGGAACUACAAAGCUUGGGGGAAGGAAUUCACGGACGAACCAUUCCUCUCACAAUGACAGAGGCCCUGGGCGGAGCCAGCGGGUUAGGACUAUAUUAAACCAUCACUGUGGUUAUACAAUUCUACACAUCCUCAGCCACCUGCGGCCUAAUGAACAUCGAAAUAGCACAAAUUCCAACAGGGAGGUGGUGAUGAGAGUGACAACAGUAUGAGAAAUGUCUUUAUUAUCGAUAGGAAAUGGUACGCUGCUAUCCUUAACUAGCUACUACUGAUGCCACCAUGUUGUCAUGGUAUCAACAAAAGGGGAAAGAUUAAAGAUUUGAUUGGCUGGAAAUCAGAGUGAGUUCUGGUCCAUAAGGAGCUGGCCUUUCAAAGAUUUUGGUCAGUUGGGUUCAUGUAGGAAGUUCCCUGGUUUUUUAUUGCUUUUUUUUCCCUUUUUUAAUUGGGCCUUCUUUUAUCGCCUAACACUUUACAGUGCGUCUUAUAAAUUAUGAGCCCACCGAAUCUGAAACAUGAGACUGCCAGUAGAGGGAUCCCUCGAGCAAAUUUUAAUUCUGCGGAAGGAACCCUAUCUAAUGUGUUACUUUUGGUAUUUAUUGAAAGCACAAGCCAGCGUUCUGAAAGGAAAAGUCUUUGGAGGAAACAAGUCUACAAAUUUUUACCUCAGCUUUAAAUGAUGACAACAUCACAGUAAACCAGAGAGGAAAAGAAAUGGAAAAGAAUAAUAGUUAAUAAAACCAUAGUAAAAUUGCCUAAGCAAAAAAGUAAAUAACAACAGGAUUCUGAGAGACUUUGAAGUGGUUCACAACUUUCUAAGCGAUGAAUAGGUGCAAUAAAACAUAUUUUUACGGCAAAAUGGGAUCUUUGCAAUAAGACGCUUAUACUUUCCCUGGUUUUACAUUUUUUGCAUGAGUAAAUGUAAUUUUUUUCCCUCUCUUCUCCCUGCGGGAGGAUAAAGAAAAAAAUAUUUAUACAUUUGUUUUUCUUUUUCUUCUUAUUCACAUACUGGGAUGUACAAUUAAAAACAUCAG